AUGGCCGUCCCGGCCGGCUCGGGCUGGGGGCGAGGCCGGACCCCUCUCCUCCUCCCUCUCCUCCUUCUCCUCCUCCUCGCCCUCCCGGGCCGGGCCGCCGCCCCCGCCCCCGCCGCCGCCGCCGCCCCCCGCUACGAGCCGUCCUGGGAGUCGCUGGACGAACGGCCGCUACCCGCUUGGUUCGACGGGGCCAAGUUGGGGCUGUUCCUGCACUGGGGCGUCUUCUCCGUGCCCAGCUUCGGCAGCGAGUGGUUCUGGUGGUACUGGCAAAAGGAAAAGAGAAAGGAAUAUGUUGACUUCAUGAAAAAUAACUACCCACCUGGGUUCAGUUAUGAAGAUUUUGGACCAUUAUUUACUGCAGAAUUUUUUGAUGCAAAUCAGUGGGCAGAUGUGUUUAAAGCCUCAGGUGCUAAAUACAUUGUCCUGACCACAAAACAUCAUGAAGGUUUCACUCUAUGGGGAUCAAAAUAUUCAUGGAACUGGAAUGCCGUGGAUGUGGGGCCGAAAAGGGACAUUGUGAAUGAACUAGCAGUAGCCAUUAGAAACGGGACCGACUUGCGUUUUGGUUUAUAUCACUCUCUUUUUGAAUGGUUCAACCCUCUUUUUCUCGAUGAUGCGUCCAAAUCAUUCCAGACAAGACAGUUCCCAACUUCGAAGACAUUGCCCGAGCUCUAUGAGAUAGUGAACAAAUACCAACCCGAGGUCCUCUGGUCCGAUGGAGAUGGCGAUGCCCCUGACACGUACUGGAACAGCACCGGCUUCUUAGCCUGGCUCUAUAAUGACAGCCCAGUUCGAGAUACAAUUGUAACCAAUGAUCGCUGGGGAGCUGGCAGCAUCUGUAAGCACGGUGGCUAUUAUACCUGCAGUGACCGUUACAAUCCGGGACACCUUUUACCGCACAAGUGGGAGAACUGUAUGACAAUCGACAGGAGAUCCUGGGGCUAUAGGAGGAAUGCAGAGAUCAGUGACUACCUCACAAUUGAAGAAUUAGUGAAGCAACUUGUAGAGACCGUUUCAUGUGGAGGAAAUCUUUUAAUGAACAUCGGGCCCACCCACGAUGGCCGGAUUGCUGCUAUAUAUGAAGAGCGUCUGAGGCAGAUGGGGAGCUGGCUGAAAGUCAAUGGGGAAGCCAUUUAUGGUACUCAGCCGUGGCGCGCUCAGAAUGACACUGUCACCCCAGGAGUAUGGUAUACAUCCAAAUCUAAAGAAAAAUUGGUCUAUGCGAUUUUCCUUAAUUGGCCAGCCUCCGGGCACUUGGUACUUGGCCAGCCUAAGGCUAUUGGUGGGGCAACAGCGGUGAACCUGAAAGGUUAUGAACAGCCACUCAAGUGGAUUUCCCUGGCAGAAAAUGGAAUACUGGUGGCACUGCCUCAACUAACAAUCAGUCAAUUACCAUGCAAAUGGGGAUGGACUUUAGAAUUGGUUAAUGUGAACUGAGAUACAUACAAAGAUCGGUUCUAAAACAUUGUAAGCAUCUGAGAUGAGAAUUUCCAAUCAUCUCAACUUUAAUUCAGUCCUUGGGCCAUGGGGCAAAAGAGAAGGGAAACUGAGCUGAGCUGUUUUUUUGGAAGAAGUAACCAGCUUGUGGCCUCAGUUCUCCCUCUUCUGCCAUAAGAGAUGGGGGCUCGUUUUGUUUUGUAAGUUAGUACAGUGCUUGAUUCUGGUCCUUGCAGUCAUGUGCUCUGUUGAACUGUUGACUGUUUUCCCUUCCCUCCCCCUUUUAAGGGCUGCAGUUAGACCAUUUUCAUGAACUAACUGGAAGUCUGAUAUACAUGCUUCCUAAGGCUGAGACUUCCUAUAGUCCUUUCUUCACAGGGAGAGGAUAUUUUACAUAUGACUUGGAUAUUUUUUCUUAAACCAGAUCUUUGCUGAGGAAAAGGUGACACUGAGUCAGAUCCAGAUUUAAAAGAGUAUGACUGAAGAACUUUUUAUCCUUCACUUGCUCUUCCUUUCUCAUACAUUUGAGCCCCAUGUGAGAUGACUAUCAGAUUACCUUGCCUCUAAGUGCUUAAUAAAUACCAUAAGUAACAAGCUAAUUUGAAAGACAUCACAAAAAAUGAUCAACCAAUGAAUCAAUUUUUCUAUGUAAUAUUCUUAAGAUACUGACUGCAAUAAAAACAUUUUGGAUCAUUU